CAUCUUGUUGCGAUUCAGCAGGAGAACAGCAGCAGAUAUGGCUGACUACAGCAGCGUGGCUCCCCCGUCCUCUAACGCCGGUGGUGGAAUGAACGACGCUUUUAAAGACGCACUUCAACGAGCACGACAGAUUGCAGCGAAGAUCGGUGGAGACGGCGUUGCGGCACCUCCAUCAAGUGAAUUUGGCUACGGAGGCCAGAAAAGGCCCCUGGAGGACGCUGGUGGGUAUUUUCCCAUGCCUAACCUGAAUAUCGACCAACCAGAGACUAAGAAGGUGGCUACAAAUGACGCCUUUUCGGGAAUGGGAGGAAUGGGCGGCCCAUCAAGGUCAUCAUCAGAGGAAUUCAAAGUUCCAGAUGGAAUGGUUGGAUUCAUUAUUGGUAGAGGAGGCGAACAAAUAUCACGUCUGCAGCAGGAGUCCGGAUGUAAAAUACAGAUUGCACCAGACAGCGGAGGCAUGCCAGAUAGAUCGGUUACAUUAACAGGAGGACCAGAAUCCAUCCAGGCUGCAAAGAGGCUACUAACAGAGAUAGUAGAUAAGGGGCGCCCGGCUCCUGCAUUUAACCAUAACGACGGCCCUGGAAUGACUGUCCAGGAGAUUAUGGUCCCUGCUUCUAAAGCUGGGCUCGUCAUUGGGAAGGGGGGAGAAACCAUCAAAAGCCUCCAGGAAAGGGCUGGGGUGAAGAUGGUCAUGAUCCAAGAUGGGCCCCAAAACACAGGUGCUGACAAGCCGCUUCGAAUUUCAGGAGAACCCUUCAAAGUCCAGCAAGCCAAAGAGAUGGUGAUGGAGCUGAUCAGAGAUCAGGGCUUCAGGGAGCAGAGGGGAGAGUACGGUUCACGAUCUGGAGGAGGAGGUGGCAGCGUUGGAGGAGGGGAAGGCUUGGAUGUACCUGUCCCCCGGUUUGCUGUAGGGAUUGUGAUCGGCAGGAAUGGAGAGAUGAUCAAGAAAAUUCAGAGUGACACGGGUGUUCGGAUUCAGUUUAAACCAGAUGAUGGCAGCACUCCUGACAGGAUAGCCCAGAUCAUGGGCCCACCUGACCAAGCUCAGCAUGCUGCAGAGAUAAUAUCUGACCUGCUGAGGAGCGUCCAGGCCGGCGGUCCUCCAGGACAUGGCGGUGGCAGGGGCCGUGGUCGUGGGCAGGGAAACUGGAACAUGGGACCCCCUGGUGGCCUGCAGGAGUUUACCUUCACCGUCCCAACCAUGAAGACAGGCCUCAUCAUUGGGAAAGGUGGUGAGACAAUCAAGGGCAUCAGCCAGCAGUCUGGAGCCAGAAUCGAGCUUCAGAGAAAUCCUCCACCCAACGCUGAUCCCAACAUUAAGAUGUUCACAGUCCGGGGCUCCCCUCAACAGAUCGACUAUGCCAGGCAGCUGGUAGAGGAGAAAAUCGGGGGACCAGUCACUCCAAUGGGUGGACCACAUGGUCCCCCUGGUCCACAUGGAGGUCCAGGCCCACAUGGUCCCCCUGGGCCACCUGGACCCCCAGGUGCUCCCAUGGGCCCAUACAACCCUGGACCAUACAACCAGGGACCUCCAGGACCACACGGUCCACCUGCGCCUUAUCAGCCUCAGGGAUGGGGCAAUGGCUACCCACACUGGCAACAGGGACAACCUGAUCCAAAUAAAGCAGCUGCUGAUGCCAACGCAGCAGCGUGGGCAGCCUACUAUGCUCAGUACAGCCAACAGCCUCAGGCUCCCAUGACCCCAACAAGUGGAGCUCCCGGCACUACUCAAAGCAACGGCCAAGGUGACCCACAGGCUGCAGGUCAGAGUGGACAGGCAGAUUACUCCAAGGCCUGGGAGGAAUAUUACAAGAAAAUGGGUCAACAGAGUCAACAACCUCAGGACUACACAAAAGCCUGGGAGGAGUAUUACAAAAAACAAGGUCAAGCUGCCCCUCAGCCCGCAGCGGCAGCAGCAGCAGCGGCCUCUCAGCCUGGAGGCCAACCAGACUACAGCGCUGCCUGGGCAGAGUACUACCGUCAACAGGCUGCUUACUACGGCACAUCCAACCCUCAGGGGAUGGGUGCUGCCCCACAAGCCCCUCAGGUUUUACAGGAGCUCCAGUGAUGGCAGCAGCUUCACACACUUAACCAAAACCAUUUCCUCCUUACACAGGCUUUUAACUUUUUAUUUUGGGAAGCUGAGUCUACUGUUUCUGCUGUUAACAUGCAAUGUAUCUUCUAUGUAUUUUUUUGCACAGGGCCAGUAAUGUGAAGUGGACAUAAAGUAAAUGCUACAUUGUCGAAACAAAAUCCUUUGUUAAAUGUUUGGAUGCAGACGCCUUGAUGAAGAUCUAAAAUUUCCUUGGUUUGAAAAGUGUUUCACAUAGAUGGCAGAUACCCGGCGAACACGUCCUCCUUCAUUUUCUUUUUUUGUUUUUCUGUUUCUUGUAAAUGCUUUGUUUUUAGUGAGGUAAUUAUACAUAUGGUCAUUCCAGCCCUGUAUCUACAUAAAAUGUGGUUAGAACUCAUGUUUAUUAAACUGUAGACAUUACCAUGUAAAUCAUCUCAGUUUUAAAAUGCUAUUUGCCUGUUGUGUUUUUGCAAUAAAACAAACUGAAACCUCCUGUGUUGGUAAGUUGGGGUGGUUUUAAAACCAAAAGGGUGGAGAUAAAUUCUGUAUGUUUUUAUUUUACCGGGAGGGGGGAAAAGUUUGAAAUGAAGGCCAUGUGUGGGUUUUAAUGCUCGAAAAGGUUGUUCUGUCCUGUCUCUCUCCAACUGUCUAUAAGGCUUUUUUUAGAUACAUUAUGUCCGUGCAGUGAUCCUGAGUGGUUCAGAUCAACAAACGUCCUUGUUAAUAGACUAUUUUUUACACUUCUCUAUCCUGACCUUGCUCUGAUUUAGCGGUAGACAGAUGUUUGUCAUUAGAAAGUCGACAGGUGUCUUUGUAUCGUAUCUCAUGCAUUAACUGCGUUGCUGUGGCCCUCUUAAACAUUUGUGCUUGGUUUGCUGACAUUGUUGAGGUAGUAUGCACUGUAUUUUGCCUUGAUAGACACUUCCUCCUCCACAGGCAAGUUUAGAAAAGCGGUAAGCACAUUAUUUUCUUGACAUGUUCCUCAGAAAAACGUGGUUGCAAGAAAUGUUUUUAGUGUUAUACAUAUUUUUUUGUUGCUAUUCUUUUUCCAGGACAGUUGGGUCAAUUUGUCACUGUAUGGAAAAUGCAUUUAAAGUUUGUCAUGCCCUUUUUUCAAAUUGCGAACUAACAUGUAUGAAAAUGUUUUUUUAAAAGAAUGUUUUUUUAAUAUAAAAACAUUGCUGCAAAAAGUCGUUUUUGCUGUGCCCAUUCUGUUAGUGUUUAUCCAGUUUAAGAACGUAGAUGAUGUAGGGUCGGGGGUGGCUAAGCAGUCUUCGUCCAUCAGUUGAGCCCUCCUAUACUGUAAGUACAAAACUGUGACUGACUUAAGAGAGAUAUUCGCCUUUUUUGAUGCAUUUGAAACUGCAAAUCGUGUAGUAUUUUUGUCAAUUAUUGCAAAUAUCUUCCCUUUGUCUCUGGGUAAGUAUGAAAUGUUCUGAGGAGAGGAAUAGUACUUUAUCUUUACCACAUGUUUCUGAGACUGAUUUCCCCUUGUGUGACUGCACAUCAUUCAGACUUUGAAUCUCAAGUAUUUUGAUGCUUUAGUAGAUUCUCAUAGUGUUUGUGUAGGUAGCAUUUCAGUGCCAGACAGAUUUCUGAAGUGAUGGUUUUGAAUGUCAGCAUUCUGUUACAAUGUUGGUAGGAACUGUUUUUUUAAAGGACACCCAUGUGGUUUUUUGCGUUCUUGAACAUCUGAUCUGAUAAGUGCCAUUGUCUAGCUGAGACUGUUUUUUAAAUGCCAUUUAUUGCUGAAAGUUCUCUUGCAUUCAUCUCCAGUGUAGCAUGCUUAGGUUUCUGCUAUCAUUACUUUACUCUCCAUUAUUUGAGCAUGUUGAAUGCUAGUAGUUGAAGUGCUUCUGACUAGCUCAGUAUGAUGACAUUUUCAGUAUGAGGCUGUUAAUUGAAAGAUCAAAAGCAAAAAAAAAAAAAUCUUUGACUGCAUUGUUCACUGAUGGCAAACAGUGCGAUUAUAUAUCUGAUCUUUGCAGUGUCGUCCCAGACCUUGCACCUUAGGUUCUGCUGCAAUUACACAGGUAAGCGAAGCCUAAGGCAACAAGUGUUUUGUCCAGUGACAUGACCAAUGUUAAAUGCAAAGAAAUGCUUACCUGUGUCUCUUAUAUGCUCUUUAUGCAUUUAUGCCAAAAGUAACUGUUCCGAUUAUCCAAGUUUCCCUUUAAAGCUGAUCUUAUUUCUUGAAUGAACUGCAUGUUUUGACUUGUACUAUGACGUUAAAAGAAAAAAAAUCCUUUACCAAGAUUAAUACUUGCUUAGGCUCUCUAAGGAAAUGUCUAUCGUUGUAUCUUAUGAUUUCAUAUUAGCCUUUAUAUUUGCAUCCUGGUAAGUCCUGAAAGUGACUGGUUUACUAAAAACUGCAUGCCAUGUCAGAAGUCGGUAAUGUGCUGAACUCGUUAGGUCAAAGAGACGUUGAAAUACAUGAUUUGUGUCUCUGUCGUGGUGUGAAUCUGCCCUCAAAGUGCAGUGCAUAUCUCCUAUUGAAACGCUGCUGCCUUCACUUCUUGCUCACAGUGUUGGAGGAUGAUGCUGCAAGCUUAGGUCAUAGAAUCAGGCCCUGUCGUAGUUUGUCCCCAAAGGGAGGAAUCCUUUGAGUCAAUCCCACUGCUGAACGUAGACCGUUCAAGAGCUCCAGUGAUAAGGUAAAAACAAAACAAAAAGCAACGCAAUGAAAUUUAAAUUCUGUGAUUUGCAAAGUGUUGGUCAGAUACAUGUUUUUCCCUGCUCGGAUCGACUGUUUUAAACAUGAUGCCAUAGUUUGUUUAGAGUUGUCAGAUGGCUGUUUCUUAAAACUUGCUUGAAUGCCUUCAUUAACUUUUUAGUCAGUAGGAAUGUUCUUUAGAAAGUUGGAUGAGGACAGGAACUGAUGUACUUUUCAAUUACAUAUGCACUUUUAUUGGCAGUAAAUUUUGGGGGUUUUCAGUUUAAAAUCACUUUUCUGUAGUUAAGGGUCACAUAGUGUUUGGUUGGGGCUGUUCACUGUUCAUAAGGGUGUAGGACAAAACAAGGAGCAUGCCUUAGAGGUUAAAAGUUUUCAUGUGCUGUGUAUAUUCUCCAAUAUAUUGUUUUUUUUGUUUGUUUUAUGAAUCAGCUGUUCUGACUUUUAAAAUGUUGCCAUGUUCAUUAAUAAAGUUGUAUCAAAUAAA